AUGCGUGCGCUGGACCACUACGGAAUUCAGGUCCAUGGGCUGCACGCAGUGAUCCUCGGACGAUCUCAUUUGGUGGGGCAGCCUUUGGCACUCUUGUUGGGUGCCAGGGGUGCAACGGUGACUCUUCUUCACAGCCAGAGCCAGGAUCACAAGUCCUUGUGCGAGAAGGCGGACCUACUUGUGUCAGCCGUUGGCAAGGCGAGGUUCGUGCAAAGCGACUGGAUCAAGCCGGGUGCUGUGGUCGUCAACGUCGGCACCACCUUCACCGGGGAGUCGAUCGUGCCUGACAUCCCUCCCAUCAGCGAGUUGGGCCACGCUUUCCUGGUCGUCCGCACUCUAGGCCCCACCUCGGUGGCUCUUUGCCUCCGCAACGUGGCCCAAGCCGCCGCAUCGCGCCCUGCCUUACUAGGGGCCACAGCCUCUACGCCCCUCCUCAGCAACGACGCCACCAUGGAGCAGUUGACUUCGGUGCCCGGCUGGUCCCUCGCCUUGCAGGAGGGGCGGCCCUUCCUUACCAAGGACUUCUGGUUCCCGGCCUACUCUGUGGCCUGCCAGGCCGUGCAGGAGGUGUGCCAGAAGGCAGAGCUCAUGACCCUGGGGUUUAGGGUUUAG